AUGAAGAUUGCACCAUCCCCGAUCAAACCCAAGGUUCCGCCACCACCAGGAGACCCCUCGGUCUUUUAUUUUGGUGUCUUUGAUGGGCAUGGAGGUGAAGACUGUAGUAGAUUUUUAAAGGAAAAUUUACACACUUACAUAGAAGAGGGCGCAAAGAACUUUGGAUUAGGUAAACAGGAAGAACCGGAUGAAUGCGAAAAAAUAAGGCAUGAUACACAAGAAGAGCUAGUGGCACAAUGGAGAGAUACGGUUGGAGGGUACUUUAGACGGUUUAAGCCAGACUUUGGGCCAAUUGCGGACGUUGAAGGAGUUUUAAUGUAUGCUUUCCUCAGGGCAGAUAUGGAUUUCAUUACCAAAGUUGGGACGGGAGAUGAGGGAGAAUCUGCACCAGAGACUAUCGACAAUGGAAAUAAAACGAAAGCCAACCCAUUCAAAGGUGGAUCCACGGCUUCAAUUGCACUAAUUUCUACAGCAACUGCAACACCAUUCUGGAACCCAUCUACCUCAGCAACCCUCAUAACUGCUCAUCUUGGUGACACACGUAUUGUCCUUUGCUCGACCGAAACGGGCCUAGCAGUUCCCGUAACCACUAACCAUCAUCCAUCUUCGCCUGCCGAAACUCGGCGUCUUCGCCGUUACGCAACUGCUUUCGUCUCGGACUCCUUCGGCGAAGAGCGUUUCGGUGUUCUUGCCAAUACAAGGUCCUUCGGUGACGUUUCCCAAAAACGCCUCGGAGUUUCUGCGGAACCAGAGAUAACACGACGCGAGAUACACCCGGCCGAGUUCUCUUUUAUGGUUCUUGUUUCGGACGGUGUGAGCGCCACAUUGACGGAUCAAGAGAUCUGUGAUAUUGUAAAGGAAUGCAAAACGCCCGACGAGGCCAGUAAAGAAUUAGUAGAAUUUGCAGAGGAAGUGACAACUGAGGGUGACAAUGCCACUGCCGUUGUCGUCCGGCUAGGAGGCUGGGAAAAGAGGGGAGUGGGAGGAGAAGGCUACAUGGGAACCAAGGAUCUACGGGCGUGGAGGAGAGACGAGGCCCUAGUAGGGAGUAGGGGUAGGAGAAUGUGA